CUACGGACCUUCAGUUUACAAGACUGACGCUCUACCACUGAGCUAUAAGGGCUGUUGAAUGUUAACUUUCUUUGUAAUAAAAAAUUUAUCAAUAAAUUUUAUCCGAGAGAUUAACAUGGGCUGAGUGCCUGAGUCAGAGUGGAGAGAACUGGAGGAGCGGAGAAGCGAACAGCCGAGGUUGAGAUGGACGAACAGAAUAUCGACCCUGGUUUGAUCCACGAGAUUUUCAAGCACGUCUGGACGAGAACAGCCCUCGAGCGGGAGAAGAACGGACGCAAUGAAGCUCCUACGGACGCCGACUUCGUCACUGUAGGCGGCGCCGGGACAUCGAAGAAGAAUCGCCCUACUUCCGCUAACUCCAAUGCCUUGAAGCUGAGCGCGGAGCUCAUCCGUAUUUUCAUCUCAGAGGCAGUGCAGCGUGCAGCAGCAAUCGCUGAGGCAGAGGGAGAGUCCAAAAUUGAGGCCACCCACUUCGAACGGAUUCUUCCCCAGUUGCUCCUGGAUUUCUGAGGUCUGCAAGCUUCAAACACUUUGAAUGGCCUGCGACAUUUGUUGUUAUUUAGACAUAGCUGUUGCCAUUUGUAAGCAUUUGGUUCAGGGCGCCCUAUGUUGAUCCCUUCCAUUUUGCAGGGCCGAAAAUUCUCUGCCAUCUGCCCGUCUUUAACCCACUUGUCCGGCAGCUUUAGAUACCUUAGAAAGUAGGAAGUGGUCUCUGAUCAGUGUAGGGGGAAAAACAAGAGAGGGAGCUUCUUUGUUUUCUCAUGGUCACUGUGUUUUUCGUCUCAGCUUCCUUUUACCCUUUUUCCCUACGGUUUGCUAGGCUCCACUAAAAAUGUAACCUUUUUCCAUACGCCAGUCUCAAGUCAGUAAAGUAGCGAUACAACCGACUUAUUAGACAGAGUCGUCUGUCCACCAUGGAUAUGCUUUCUGGCGACUGAGCAUUUUGCCCCAAUUGGUGGAUCAUAGCUAAAAAGCUGUAAUUGAUAUUUAACAUCUUACAAAUAGAAAACCCCAAAUUGUACAGAGUCUUUCAGCAUUCUGAACUGAGUAAUAACAAAGAGCAAGAGAC